AAAGAGAGGAGGGCUGGAGGGAGGAGAGAGUGGAGGAAGGGUGGGGAGAAGGGGAGAGGAAGCGCGAAGAGGACUCGGAGGGACGCGAGGAGGCCGCCGCGGGCGCAGCGGGUACGUCGGCCGGGCCACCCCCGCGAGCCCGGCGCCGCCAUUCCGCUACUCGGGGCUCCGCCGCCGCCGCCACCGCGCCCGGGGGCCAUGCUCCCGCCGCCCCCGCGCCAGCCGCCGCCCCAGGCGCGCGCGGUUCGCGGGCCGGUGCGCCUGCAGAGGGCCUUCCUGCGCGGCCCGCUGGGCGUGCUGCGGCUGCUGCAGCUGCUGGCCGGCGCCGCCUUCUGGAUCACCAUCGCCACGAGCAGGUACCAGGGCCCCGUGCACUUCGCGCUCUUCGUGUCAGUGCUCUUCUGGCUGCUGACCCUGGGCCUCUACUUCCUCACGCUGCUGGGCAAGCACGAGCUGGUGCCCGUGCUGGGUUCGCGCUGGCUCGUGGUCAACGUGGCACACGACCUGCUGGCGGCCGCGCUCUACGGCGCCGCGACGGGCAUCAUGAUCGCCCAGACGCAGAGCCACAGCUACUGCAACCUCAAGGAUUACCAGAUGGCCUGCGCCUACCACGCCUUCUUGGCGGCCGCCGUCUGCGGCGGCCUCUGCCUCGGCCUCUACCUGCUCUCGGCCCUCUACGGCUGCUGCCGCCGCUACCAGGGGGAGCAGGAGGUGGCAUGAGCCGCCGCGCCGCGGGGCGGGGACCCUCCCGAGACCGGCGCCCCCGUCCUUCCUACCGCCGCCGCCCCGCGCCCGUGCGCCCCGGCACCCACGCGUCGCCCCGCGCUCCCGCCCGCGCCCGGGCGCCCUGGCCCGCAGUUCCCGUCCGACGGCAGAGCCGCCGCCUGGAGUCAGGUCAGACGCAUCGCCUGCGCCGUUUCCUGGGAUCCGGGCAGGGCCGCAUCCGAGCCGCGGGCCCCCAAGCAUCCUGGCCGUCCGAGGCGAAACCUCGCGCUUCCUCGCCCCCUUCCGUGCCGAGAGCGAGACGUGGACAGACGCCGCGUAGAUCCGGGGGAGGCUCCCAAUUGGAACCAGCCUUCUGGCUGCGCCACUACCCCUUCCCUCCCGGCCCGCCUUCGGAAGAGCAUCCCCGUUCCCUGGCCCCUCUUCCAGCUUCGAGCGCUGUGAAGGGCAGGCUCGCAGCCGCGGACAGAAACGAGGACAGGCCUCCAUUGGCCUCAGGAUGAGCGAAGAAUUUCGUUUCAGCUCGGGAUUGUGCGCGCAUCCUGCGCGGUCCGUGCUCUGACAUUGGGGUGGGGCGCGUCUGUAAAGGUGAGGAUGGAUCGGAAAUGCCCGCGGGCUGCACCUUUGCACGUUUGGAAUCUGCUCUCACCUUUGCCUGUUCCGCCUUUGGCCUCGGGGUUCCUGGAGGCCAGGCCCAAACGCACACUAGUUUCCCUGGCCUCAGCUUCCCAGCGUUUCUGUCACGGGCUUCAGCUCCACCACCCCCACCUCCCAAUGUCUUUUUGCAUUAGGGAUCCUACAGGACCCUGAAGGAAUGUCAAGGUGAGCCUCACCCCUUGCCCUUGGUAAAGCCAGAAUAAGAUUAGAACCCCGUUUCCAGUCUCCCAGCCCAGCACUGUUUACAUUAAAGCGGUGGGUGUUCCCAGGAACCCCGGCUCAGGAGCUACAGUCUAAAAGACGGUUUCAUUUUCAAAUGGGUUUGUCAAGGUGCUAUCUCUCGCCCACCUGAAGAUUCACGAUGCUCAUUAGCAUAUCAAAGGCUCUGAGAAGUCCCGCUAUAAAAGAAGCCCAAGUAAUUUAGUUUACAGUGUUAACUGCCUAUGGAUCUGGAGCAAUUAGAUUUUGCCACCUAAGACUUCCAAGCAUCCCUGUGUCUUGGCUGUCAUUCAUUCCCACCGUUUCCAGCCCAUUGGCUCUGGUGUGAUUGAAGAUCUGGGGUGCUCCUUCUCCUUCCCAGGGUAUUUCUCUAGCAGAGGGUGGGCUUGCCUCAAUGAGGGAGAAGAUAGCUGUCCCUGCUAGGCACAUGAGAGACCUGGGAAUUGGUGGACCUGAACAUUCCUCUACAUUGUUUGGAAAAUAAAGUCAAGGUUAUCCAGAUGGUGUCCCUGUUAAGAAGAACAUUGCCUAUAAAAGAUGCUGGCAUGGACCGUGAGCAGCUGGCAGGAGUGGGACUCACUCACCAAAGAGGAGAAAGCUCCGAAGAUGGGGUGAACAGCUGGCCCAGCCUCCAUAAGGAGGCAGAUGAGUCUACCUUGUCCAGAGUCUCCCAGCUGCUGUGAUGGGUGGAGCUAGGAGCUGGACUCUGGAGAUUUGGCCUCCUCAGGACAGGGCUGUACUCUCUAGAGAAGGCGGUCAAUACACAUUCGAGACUGUUCAUGUGGCUACUUUAAAAAAAAUCAUGGUUUCCAUGUUUCUGAGGCCAUGGAGAUUCCCGUAGUGGUCAUGCCGACCUCUCCCAGGGCUCGCUUCCCUGGCAAGGGGCACCAUUCUGGGCUGGGCCAGCAGAGCGCUGCAGAGUGGCCAGCAGAGGGGAGAGUGGAUGACCUCUGCCCAGCAGCUUCCCUUCAGCAUUGUCCAAAGGAAGAUCCAAGAAGCGUGAAGAUUCAUUUUGCCUUAACACAAGAGAAAUUCCGAUUCUCCUUAUGCUGUGACUUGGUUCCAAGAUUCCAGACACCUGGAACUGAGCCGUGCACCUCCAUGCCCUAAACAAUGGGUUUAAGCUCCAGCUUUUGUUCCUUUUCUCUUUUUCCAGAUCACUGUUGAAGUUGCAUCCUCAGCUCAGAACCAGCGCCCUGAGGAUCUCUUCCUAGCCCCCAGAGCUCAUGGUGCUCUGUCUGUGGUUGGGUGACCUUACUCAGGAGCAGACGUCUCCUUUUCCUUCACGGUAUCUUAUCCAACCAGAUGUGCCUGAAACAUUCCAGAGCUCACUGGCUCUUCUAGAUGUGCCUUCCUGCUUGGCUUCUAGCUGCUUCUCCAGAUGUGAGAAGGACGUGUAAAACAGCCCCCACACCCACCCCCUCCUCCUGCUGAGACCCUGUACCAUAGGAAUGGCCACCUGACCUGGCCCAGAAUUUUUGAAUACUGGAGGCCGCCUCUUUGGCAUCCGUCAUUCGACUCCAGGACUCAGUCCAGCUUGAGGUAGUCCACAGUGGACUGUGGACUCCUACCAGUUCAAAAGUCUGGGACUACUUGCGGAUCCAGUAGAGGAAUUUUCUAGUAUUCUACGAAGGCCAAAAGAGAGGGUGGGAGAGGGUGGGAGUGGGAGGGGUGUGGGCCAGUAGCGAGGGGGACCAAUGUGCCUCAUUUAAUAGUUUAGUGGUGAUUACUAAUUUGCUUUUCAGAAUAAAGUUUGGUUUGUCUGUU